UAGAAAACAGAUUGUACAUAUCUGCCUUCGCUCUCACGAGCGAUCUGUCAAAUGACAGUUCUCUCUCUCUUGUCACUUUUCGACCAGCUGAUUUUGUGUUAAAACACCACGGCGCAGUUGUAUACUAACAGCGCUGAUUAACAGCUGAUUUUCUAUAAAAAAUACUAAGACGUGGCUUAUAUAAUGCUUGGUAGCUUAAAAAAGAAAAUAAGCAAUGCAAUUCAGGAGGGCAUAGUCAUUUCAGAGAGUCUACACGAGCAGUAUCGCCAACGUGUCGGGGGCAGCACCAGCAGUCGGACAAGUGAGGCGACAGCCCCAAAAGCAACUGGCCUUGAUUCGUCGCACUUGAGCUUAAACGGAAGCCAUUUCUCCAAUGGUAGCAGCGUCUAUUUAUCAGACGUACCCACAAAACUUAACGUGGCCGCGGGUUGCAAUUUACUAUCAAAAUAUGAGGACAGCUGGCAACAAAUCCACGCAGCCAACGAGCGGAAUGCUGAAAAUGCGGAAACUUUGGCUUUUCAAAUUACGGCCGUGUUGCGGAGUGCUAACGAGAAACGUGCAACAAUAAAUGAACUAAAUAGUUGUCUCUCGGCUCUACCUGCAUUAGUGGUCAAAUUAGAGGAGUGUACAGAAGUAAUUGGAUCUUUGGAGAAAUUGGGCCUGGAGCUGGAACAAGAACUUGACAAGUUGGAGAAUCUAUGCGAGGAAUGCGAGCUACAGGAAUUCGUACUUGCACAGCAGUUUCAGCUAUCCAAACACAAGCAAAAGAAGCUGAUUGAGCUGGAGCAGUAUAGACAGAAGAUUGCUGAUCAGCAUCAGCAAACGAUUCAAACACAUGAACAACAUUUGAGACGGCUUCAAAAGGAACGCCAAGCUGUUUUUCAUGAUGCAUUUUGCGAGGAUCUAGAAGAGUACAAACAAAGCGGACAGCUUCCAAAAAUAGAAACGAAAGCAAUGAAAUUGUGUUUAGAAGACGUUGUUCUUGAAGAGAAGGACUUCGCAACGUCAGAUGCCUUGGAGCAUUUUCUUAAUGAUUAAAAUGCGUCUAUCUUCGAUCAAUGCCAUUAGUGCCUCUUGUACACUCUAGAGAAUUUAACACUAAACAAUAUUAGUCGACUUUUAACGUUAUUACUAAAUACAUUACGCUUAGCAUUUAAGGUAAUCCCGAUUGAGAAAUACUAGGGAUAAUACUUUAACAAAAGUGUAAAAUUGUGCAUGGAUUCUAUUUCCAUUUAAAAAGAAAUUUUGUGCUUGCAGUGCCAAAAUUAUAGAUUGUUUUGGAAUAUUUGUUGUACACACAGUUGAGGUCUUUAUAGAUUUACAUACAUAAAUAUUUAUACAGGUCAUACAGGAAUUUAAUUUCCAUUAGCGGGAACAGAAUUCAUUAAAUUGUUCCAACUAUUGAUUACAUAUAUAUAAUAUUGUAUACACCAUAUAUUGCAACCGUGUAAGACAUUGCGAUCAAAUAUGCACGAUAGAGAAAUUUUGUAAUGCGAUAUGUAACUUGGCAGUGUGACGUCAUCUUUUUUAGAUAGACCGCUUAUUAAUGUUGUAAAUGUGUUUAAAUAUUAAGUUUGACUGUGUUACUUAAAACCUGUCAAUAAAAUUAAAACGUACAACGAUAA